AUGGGGCUACUCUUGAAAACUAUCCAGAUGCUCCAGCUAGUAUUGAAUAAGACCACACAAGCAAUCUUAAUUGCCCCCAAGAUGGUCCAUAAAAUAUCUCAGCUGCAGAAGCUACAUUGGAUAAUUUAUAGAAGCAACAUUAUUUUGUGGAUUUUUGCUUAUUUGGUUUACUUGUCUGAUCCAAUGAUCUUGAAGAGCAGAGAAAAUAUCUCAGGGAAUGCUGUCACAGAAUUUCUUUUACUUGGCUUUUCUCAUCUACAGAAGAUGCAGCUACCUCUAUUCUGCAUUGUCCUGAUCAUGUAUGUGUUAGCAUUAAUGGGUAAUGCUCUGGUUGUCUUCAUGAUCCAUCUGGACUCCCGCCUCCACACUCCUAUGUACUACUUUCUCAGCCAUCUUUCCUGGUUGGAAAUUAUCAUCACCACCACUGUCACACCAAAGAUGCUCAGCAUUCUCAUUUCAGAGAAGAAAUCUAUCUCCUUCUUUGCAUGUGUCUUUCAAGUCACAUUAUAUUUUCUGGCAGGAGCCACAGAAGUCCUCCUACUGGGAGCAAUGUCGGUAGACCGCUACUUAGCUAUUUGUAACCCAUUGCGUUACACAGCCAUCAUGAGUAACCAAACAUGCUUCCUGAUGGUGAUUUUCUGCUGGUUCAUUAGUUUUGUUUGUAUUACAGUUGGGAUAGUUUCCAAGUCAAAACUACCAUUCUGUGGACCCAAUAUCAUUGAUCAUUUCUUCUGUGACAUGGGACCCUUGACAAACUUGAUAUGUGCAGAUACCCAGCUCGUUCAAGUUUUAGAAUUUGCUUCAUCAUGCUUUACACUGCUUUCCUCUGUCUCUGCCACUACUAUCUCUUAUGUCUGCAUUAUUGUCACAGUUAUAAGGAUGCCUUCUGCCCAAGUUUCCAUCCCUUUUACUGUGUUAGUUCUUGUUUCAAAGAAUGUAGUGAUAAAGAACUAUCAGCAGGUCUUGGCCUUCUUGUAUGCUAUGAAGGAAGUCAAUGAGAAUCCAAGGCUCUUGGCUAAUGUAACAAUGGGAUUCCACAUUUAUGACAGCUACUUCAAUGACAGGUUAACCUUUCAGACAACCAUGAAUCUCCUUUAUAGCCCGAAAAAAACAGUUCCAAAUUACAAAUGUAAUUCAGGGAAGAAUUUGAUAGCUAUCACUGGGGCACUUCAUUCAGAAACUUCCCUUCAUAUGGCCACGGUCUCAAGUAUUUAUAAAAUUCCACAGGUCUCUUAUUACUUGUUUGAUCCUUUAUUUUCUACUAAAACACAAUUCCCUUUCAUUUACCGGGUUGUUCCCAAUGAAAAGCAUCAGUAUAAGGGUAUUGUCAAACUACUUAAACAUUUCCAAUGGAUAUGGGUUGGGAUCAUCACACUGGAUGAUGAUAAAGGAGAAAGUUUUGUUCGGACCUUGGUGCCAAUGCUUUCCCAAAAUGGUAUUUGUUCUGCUUUCACUGACAGAAUGCCCUCCAUAACAAACUUUUUGGAAAUCCAUGACUCAUAUAUGGAGACUGAAAAAACACUCAAUUUUUUUAGGAUCAAUGAAGUCAAAGCACUUCUGGUAUAUGCAGAAACUCAUUCUGUACUGAGUUUGAAAUUCUUGCUCACUCAAAAUAAUGACAUAACAGACACUCUAGACAGAGUAUGGAUUAUGACCGCCCAAUGGGACUUCCCAGCUUUACAGUUUCAUAAGGAUUGGGAUACAAUGGUGUUCCAAGGGACUUUGUCUUUUGCAGCUCAUUCCAGGGAAGUAUUGGGAUUCCAACAUUUCCUUACAACCAUAAAGCCUAAUUUACUAAAGAAAGACAAUUUCAUUAAUGAUUUUUGGGAACAGGCUUUCAACUGUUUAUUUUCAAAUUACUACACUGGUGAAGAGCAUACAGAAAUUUGCACUGGGAGAGAAAAAUUGCAGAACCUUCCUGGACCCUUUUUUGAAAUGAAGAUGACUGCCCAAAGCUACAGUGUAUACAAUGCUGUCUGUGUUGUGGCACAUGCUUUAAAUGCCAUGCGGUCACUGGAUUCCCAGCAAAGAAUGAUGAGAACACUUGGGAGCCCACAACCUUGGCAGCUUCACUCUUUCUUGAGGAGAAUUUCAUUUAACAACAGUGCUGGAGACCUAGUAUCUUUCGAUGAGCAAUGUGAAUUGGAAGGCGGAUUUGAUAUUAUUAACUGGAUUACUUUUUCAAACAAAUCGUUCUCCAGAGUAAAAGUAGGAAAGUUGAACCCACAUGUCUUGUCUACUAAACAAUUAUAUAUCAAUGAUGGGAAGAUCCUCUGGCAUAGCAACUUCAAUAAGACACCACCAUUUUCAAUAUGUAAUGACCACUGCCAUCCAGGUUCUGUUAGAAAAAAGAAAGACGGGAAACCAUUCUGUUGCUAUGACUGUGUUUCAUGUCCCAAAGGGAAGAUUUCUAACCAGAAUGACAUGGAUAACUGUAUUCAGUGUCCAGAUGAUCAGUAUGCAAACAGCAACCAAGAUGGAUGUCUUCCCAAAAGUUUAAAUUUUCUCUUUUAUGAUGAACCACUGAGCAUUGGUUUAGCUUUUAUGGCUGCUUUACUUUCUGCAAUCACAGCUUUGGUACUGGGGAUUUUUGUUAAAUACCAACAUACUCCAAUCGUCAAAGCCAAUAACCGAUACCUCACUUACACUCUCCUCAUAUCCCUCCUGCUCUGCUUCCUCUGUUCCUUCCUAUUCAUUGGCAAACCUCACACUGUAAUCUGUAUCUUCCGGCAAACCACAUUUGGUAUUAUCUUCUCAAUAGCUAUUUCAUCUGUCCUGGCAAAAACCAUCACUGUGGUUCUAGCAUUCGUGGCUACAAAGCCAGGAUCCAGAAUAAGGAGUUGGGUGGGGAAAAGUUUGGCUACUUUUAUGAUCCUAUUCUGCUCUGCUUUUCAAUUACUCCUUUGUACUAUAUGGUUGUGUACUGCUCCUCCCUUCUUAGACCUCGACAUGCAUUCUUUGACUAAAGAAAUUGUGGUAGAAUGUAAUGAAGGGUCAGACUUUAUGUUUUACUGUGUUCUGGGAUAUCUGGGAAUUCUGGCUCUAAUCAGUUUCAUUGUAGCUUUCUUUGCCAGAACGUUGCCAGAUACUUUUAAUGAAACCAAGUUCAUAACAUUCAGCAUGUUAGUCUUUUGCAGUGUAUGGAUCACCUUUGUCCCAACUUACCUAAGCACCAAGGGAAAAUACAUGGUGGUUGUGGAGAUCUUCUCCAUCUUGACCUCCAGUGCUGGUUUGCUGGGUUGUAUCUUUUCCCCCAAGUGUUAUAUAAUUGCUCUAAAGCCUGAGCUAAAUAGUAAAGAGCUAAUAAUGAGGAGAACAUAA